GCGGCUGUGAGCGGAGCACCUCCUCCCGAUGACGGCGUGCGAGCAGCUGGGCGCGUGAGCGGCUCCCCGCUCGUGCGGCCCCGUUGGAUCAGACCCUCUACGCCCCGCAGGCUUCCCCGGACGGUCCCGCGGGUCGGGGGCCGCGCGAUGACACUGCUUUGACGCCAGAACAGCCGCGCGCGAGACGGUGAGCGAGAAGAAGAAGAAGAAGAAGAUGAAGGAGAGGAAGAAGAAGGAGAAGAAGAAGAAGAAGAUGAAGAAGGAGUCGAAGAAGAAGAAGGAGAAGAAGAAGAAGAAGAAGAAGAAAAAGGAGACGAAGAAGAAGAAGAAGGAGAAGAAGAAAAAGAAGAAGAAGGAGACGAAGAAGAAGAAGAAGGAGACGAAGAAGAAGAAGCAGACGCAAGAUGUUCGAGGCGGCGGGGAGCCCCCUCGUCGUGCUGGACUUCCUCUGUCUCAUCCUCGUCGGACUUCCAUUUUUCAUCCUCACCCCUCAACACAACCCUUUCAAACGGGGUUUCUUCUGUAACGACGAGUCCAUCCGAUACCCCCUCAAGGAGGACACCAUUUCCUACCAGCUGCUGGGAGGAGUCAUGAUCCCCUUCACACUCAUCGUGAUCGUCUGCGGCGAGUGCCUUUCUGUUUACUUGUCUCGCGUCAAGAACCAGCCUCUGGGCACCAAGUAUGUAGCGUGCGUCUACAAAGCCGUGGGCAGCUACGUGUUCGGAGCGGCUGCGAGCCAGUCCCUGACGGACGUAGCCAAGUACUCCAUCGGCCGCCUGCGGCCCAACUUCCUGGCCGUGUGCAAACCGGCGUGGAACAGCAUCCACUGCAAGGCCGGAGGAUACGUGGAGAACUUCACCUGCACAGGAGACAAUUUUCUGGUGGAUGAGGCCAGAUUGUCCUUCUACUCUGGUCAUUCAUCCUUCUCUAUGUACUGCAUGCUGUUCCUUGUACUGUACAUUCAGGCCAGACUGAGGUCAGAGUGGGCGAGGCUGCUGCGUCCCACCAUCCAGUUCUUCCUGACUGCCACUGCUGUGUAUGUGGGUCUGUCCAGGGUGUCCGACUACAAGCAUCACUGGAGCGACGUGCUCGCUGGCCUCCUGCAAGGAGGUUUAGUGGCCACUCUCACGGUCUUCUGUGUGUCCAAUUUCUUUGAACAGCCGGUGGACCCUGUAGUGUCACAAGAGGAAGAGGCCUCCCACACCAGUCUACAGGAAAAUCCUCCCAACGGGAACCACUAUGGCAGCACUGAAUGAAUCAAAGACGAUACUCUCGAGGCCCCGCGUACCUUGCAAUGAUCACGGAGGACCUAAACCAAUGAACUGCAAGUCUUUGAUGUAAUCAACUGGUUGCCGUUUGUGUACAUUUGUUGGACAGUUUCAUCUGUGCUGAGGGCUUCAGCUGACACCUUUUGGUGUCGUCGGUAAAGCUUGAUUCAAGGAAGAAAAGUGCACUAUAGAAGACAGUUCUUGCACUUUACUGAGGUAUAAAGAAGCAGAACCGUCUGCAGUGGUUUUGGGUAAAUGAAACACGUAGUAGUUUAUGGAAUGACAAAAAAAAUACAGCAAAUGAGCUUCCAGAAAGUUGCUCCUUUUUCUUUUACAGUGUGCGCUUGUUUUAAAUGGGGUUGCUCGUGUAUACUGGUCUGAUGUUGCCAUCAUGAAUGAAUGAAUGAAUGGAAUUCCUGUAGCCCCCGAAUAUAAUGAGCGUCUGUGUGCGCACUGCAAGCCGGCUUGUAGAGGGCCGGGCACCUGUGAAUAACAACCUGGACUGUCCAUGAACUUCAGAUGGAGACUGAACUCCGAAAUAAUACAUUGAUUUUUGCUACCUGCUGUUAUGUCCCUUCCCUGAUGUUUUUACGGUUUAUAUGAAGCAAAAUCUGUUUUUGUCAAUAAAAGGUAUUCAGAUCAUUACUGUGUGAUGUGUGACAAUUAAAGAAAGCUCUAUUUUG